AACACGAUGAGUGAAGGAAAGCAACAAAAUCCCGGCGAUGGCAUCCGAUCCAUGCGAAGCACCGGAGUUUUCCGGCUGAUCAACUUUGAGCUGUACACGAAACCGAACAAAAUCAUCAUGGGCCUGGGACUGACCGCCUUUGCCGGGGUCUUCGGUUACAUCGCCUACAUGCGGUACAAGUACGAGAGUCUGGGCUACUAUGUGGCCGUCCAGGAAAACGGACAGGAGAAGUUCAUCAAGAAGAAGUCAAAUUGGGAGCAGUAA